CCUGCCGCGCCGAGCCUCCAUACGACCUGCCUCAAGAGCUACAGGGGCCGGCCCCACUGCCUCCCGUUUGCACGGAAAGAGGGGCUGCGACACACGCUGUCACGUACGUGAACAAGGCAGGACAGUUGCGAUAGGCACAGUGAAGAGAGGCAAUGCUGGACCUCAUUAUUCUGAGCCUCCAUUUCUUCAUCUGCUUUCUCAUCUCCGUUGCGAUCUGGCGUGGAGCUAAGGAUGUGGAUUUGCACAGCUCAAGCACAGGAACAGCUGAAAUGCAGCCGGAUGGUCUUAUAUUAAUUGGCAAAGAAGAUGACAUAAAGAGGUCACAAAGAAUAACAGCCAAAGUCAACGGCAGAGAAAUUGUUGUUUUCUACCAUGAAGGGAAAUUUCAUGCGAUGGACUCUCGCUGCUACCAUGAAGGAGGCCCUUUAUGUCUUGGAGAAAUAGAGGAUAUCAAUGGUCAAGCAUGUAUUAUUUGUCCUUGGCAUAAGUUUAAAAUUACUUUGGAAACAGGAGAAGGAUUAUAUGAAGGAAUAAACCCUUUGGAGCCAUCACCAACACCACAGUGGCAAUCAAAAGGAGUCAAACAAAGGAUUCAUAAAGUCACAAUAGACAAUGGGAACGUUUAUGUGAGUCCUCCAGAUUUGUCUGUAAGCUUUGACUCCGACUAUUUUGCUGAUAAGUACAAAAACAGUGGUGAUUUAGCUAUGGAAAAACAAAGCAACUCAAGCAGCAGAGCAAGUGGUGGCCAGAAAGCGGAAUCCUGGUGAAUGCACCAAUGAAGAACCGUUGUCAUGAAAAAAAAAUGUACUGUGGCCAUAAAGAUUGUCUCCAGAUUAAAUUCUAGUGUUAAUGUUAUAUAAGAAGCUCUGCAUUGUCAGAAAUGUGACUGAUCUUGUGCCAAUGAUUUUUUUUUUUGCACUUGCAUUUCAAAAAGACUUACUUACUGCAGAGUGCUUCAUAAUAUUUGCUAUUUUAGAAAUCCUAUUUUGCUAGAAUUGUUUUAAUCUUUAGGAGGGUAUGUAGUAUAUUACUGCUUAUAAAACACGUUACAUAGUUUAAGGUAAAUAGUCAGGUGUAAAGGUUAUGUUUAUAUACUUAACAGUUUAUACUUAUAAUGCCUUUGGUAUAAAUGACAUGGAAAUUUUUAACUUUGUAGAUAUGUGGGCAAUCUCUGGAUAUUUCUUAAGUGCCACAAAGAGAAGUACAAAAUAUUUUAGUGACCUUCUUUAUGCCCAUUUGUGUAUGACUACUGUGAUUCCAUAGAAGUAUUUAUUUUCCUCCUCCUCAUUGAACUCCUUUUGGUAGUUCAUCACAUAAUGUGACAAGCAUUUGUCACGUAUAGCUUGUUCUUCCUGUUUCUGUUGGAUAAAGAAAGAAGCUGUUGGGUGUAAAAACCUGAUACAUA